AUGUUUACAGAAUUGUCUAUCAAUCAAUUGAUUCUACUGUCGUAUCUCAUUUUGUUCGUUAAUCUCUCUCUCCCUUUCUAUCUAUCUACCUAUCUAUAUAAAUAUACUCGCAGUCCUGAAUGUUUUCGCAUCUCAUUUUGUUCGUCAAUCUCUCUCUUUCUCUCUCUCUAUCUAUCUAUCUAUCUAUCUAUCUAUCUCAAUCGGUUCAAAUCUCUCUCUCUAUCUCCCUCUCUAUCUAUCUAUCUCAAUCGGUCCAAAUCUCUCUCUCUAUCUAUCUAUCUAUCUAUCUCAAUCGGAUCAAAUCUCUCUUUCUCUGAUUAUAUCUAUCUAUCUAUCUAUCUAAUCGGUUCAAAUCUCUCUGAUUCUCUCUCUCUCUAUCUAUCUAUCCAUCUCAAUCGGUUCAAAUCUCUCUCUAUACUUUUUCUCUCUCUAUCUAUCUAUCUCAAUCGGUUCAAAUCUCUCUCUCACUCUCUCUCUCUAUCUAUCUAUCCAUCUCAAUCGGUUCAAAUCUCUCUCUCACACUUUCUCUCUCUCUCUCUCUAUCUAUCUAUCUCAAUCGGUUCAAAUCUCUCUCUCUCUCUCUCUCUCUAUCUAUCUAUCUAUCUCAAUCGGUUCAAAUCUCUCUCUCACACUUUCUCUCUCUCUCUCUAUCUAUCUAUCUCAAUCGGUUCAAAUCUCUCUCUCUCACUCUCUCUCUCUAUCUAUCUAUCUAUCUCAAUCGGUUCAAAUCUCUCUCACUCUCUCUCUCUCUCUCUAUCUAUCUAUCUAUCUCUAUCGGUUCAAAUCUCUCUCUCUCUCUAUCUAUCUAUCUAUCGAUCUCAAUCUCUGACCAUCUCGUCAUAUCUAUCUAUCUAUCUAUCUAUCUAUCUAUCUAUCUAUCUAUCUAUCUAUCUAUCUAUCUAUCCCAAUUUCUUUAUAUCUAUACACUUCAUAUAUAUCUAUUUAUCGCUCAGUUUAUUUAUAUCUAUCUAUCUAUCUAUCUAUCUAUCUAUCUAUCUAUCUAUCUAUCCCAAUUUCUUUAUAUCUAUACACUUGUCCGUCUCUUCAUAUGUAUCUAUUUAUAUUCAGUUUAUUUUAUAUCUAUCUAUCUAUCUAUCUAUCUAUCUAUCUAUCUAUCUAUCUAUCUAUCCCAAGAAAUUUAUAUCUAUACACUUGUCCGUCUCUUCAUAUGUAUCUAUUUAUAGCUCAGUUUAUUUAUAUCUAUCUAUCUAUCUAUCUAUCUAUCUAUCUAUCUAUCUAUCUAUCUAUCCCAAUUUCUUUAUAUCUAUACACUUUUUAUUUAUAUCUAUCUAUCUAUCUAUCUAUCUAUCUAUCUAUCUAUCUAUCUAUCCCAAUUUCUUUAUAUCUAUACACUUGUCCGUCUCUUCAUAUGUAUCUAUUUAUAGCUCAGUUUAUUUAUAUCUAUCUAUCUAUCUAUCUAUCUAUCUAUCUAUCUAUCUAUCUAUCUAUCUAUCUAUCCCAAUUUCUGCAUAUCUAUACACUUGUCCGUCUCUUCAUAUGUAUCUAUUUAUAGCUCAGUUUAUUUAUAUCUAUCUAUCUAUCUAUCUAUCUAUCUAUCUAUCUAUCAUAUAA